AUGGAUGAAUUCCUUUCUAGCAUUUGGAACUCUGAUGAUAACAACCAAGUUAACCCACCACUACCCACCCUUGAUGAAGCUGCAAAGGGUAAAAGUGUAGUAGCAACAGAACCCACCACCAUUUCCCAGCCAUUAUCUCUCCCUCCCCCAAUUUGCAAGAAAACUGUAGAUGAAAUUUGGUCUCAGAUCCACAAAAGCCAACCACACUACAAUGAAGCUAACAAUAGCCUUGCCAAGAAUGAGCCACUACUCAAAAGGCAGCAAAAACUUGGGGAAAUGACUUUGGAGGAUUUCUUAGUAAAAGCUGUGGUGGUACAAGAAUCAUUAUCAUUAUUCAAGUCUUCAUUAUUAUAUCAGAAUCAGAUUGGUAACCUUGCAAGUAAUGGACCAUUGAGUGCAAGUUAUAGGUUCUACCCGGAAUUUUGUUAG